CAAAACAAACAUUGAAUAACCCUCAUCAUCUCACACAAAGCAAAGCAGUGUCAGGGAGGAGGAGGAGGAGGUUUUCUCCUCCUCCCGUCACUGUGCUGCACUUGGCGCCCUGCCGUCCUGCGUCCUUCACCUCACCGCCCACCGGCACUGUGUCCUAUCCUCGUCAUCGCUGAUGUCUCCCUGCCGUGUCACACUCGGUUAACGCCGACGGACCGACCGACCGACCGUGUACUCCUUCAACAGCCACUAAAAACUACAGCAACAUGGUGUAUCUUCUGAGAGGACUCUCCCAGUGUGUAAAAUAUGACUAACGAGCGACUGAUAAAACAGAGAAGCACCACUGUGCCGGCCCGCGGGGGAAAUGCAGGACCAAAGCGGCAAAGCAGCACUCGAGAGCCCCGCUGUAGCAAGUGCAACCACAGCGCAGGUAAGAGCGGAGAAUUCAGUUCACUUGAACGGGCAUAGUUUCACUCAAAAUGGUCACAACUCUACAGAUACGCCUGCGCACAGUGUGACCCCCGUACCCCGAGCCUGCUCAAGUGUGGUUAUCACGAGGGAGCAGUGGGGAGGAAUAGAGUUCCUGCUCUCCUACGGAUACUGCGUGGGACUGGGGAACGUGUGGCGGUUCCCGUACCUUUGUUAUCGCAAUGGAGGAGGGAGGAGUGUGUUUCUCAUCCCUACUUCAUAUGCUCUUUGGUACGGGUGCGUUCCACUGUUCCAUGAGCUGAGUUUGGGCCAGUACGGAGCAGCUGGCCCCAUCACUGUGUGGAAAUGCUGCCCUCUGCUCAAAGGUAUUGGCAUCGGGAUGCUGUGUGUGUCCACUGUGUGUCUCUACUAUAACAUCAUAUAGCCGUGGACGUUUUACUACCUGGGCAGCUCGUUCCAGAGCCCUCUGCCCUGGUCCUGUGAUCAUGUAGCCAAUGCACUUCUCUGUGGAAACACCACCAUUGGCAAUAGCUCCAGCUGGUAAAAAACCCUCAGCCCCACAGAAAAGUUCUGGAAUGAGCGUGUGCUGGGUGUAGUGAACAGCGAGGGCCUCCACGACCCGGGCCCUGUCCGUUGGCCCCUGGCCCUGUGCCUCCUGGCUGCCUGGAUCAUCAUUUUCUUGUGUAUGCUCAAGGGCAUCCGCAGCUCUGGCAAGGUGGUUUAUGUAACAGCUACCUUCCCAUACUUUGUGCUCAUUGUCUUGAUCAUCAGAGGUGCCACACUGGAGGGCUCUCUUCAGGGCAUUGCUUUCUACCUCACACCAGACUGGAGCCGGUUAGCUAACGCACAGGUGUGGAAUGACGCAGCCUCACAGGUCUUCUACUCAUUAGGUAUUGGAGUUGGAGGGCUGCUCUCUAUGGCCUCCUACAAUAAGUUUGACAACAAUGUCAUCAGGGACACUUUGAUUAUCACCACAGGAAACUGCACCACCAGUUUCUUUGCGGGAUUUGCUAUAUUCUCAAUCCUGGGUCACAUGGCGUGGAAGAAGGGAGUGCCUGUCAGUAAGGUGGCAGAUACAGGUCCGGGGUUGGCCUUCGUUGCUUACCCAGAGGCCCUUGCUCUGCUGCCAGGCUCGGUGUUCUGGUCCAUCAUGUUCUUCAUCAUGCUCUUUAUGCUGGGGAUCGAUACGCUGUUUGGCAAUAUGGAGGGCAUCUGUACGGCCGUGCUGGAUGAGUUUCCGCACCUCAGGGCAAACGCGCUGCACAAGUCUUUCUUCUUGGGCGCUCUGUGUUUUGCCUUCUACCUGAUGGGUCUCCUGUUGGUGACUGAUGGAGGGAUUUACUGGUUCACUCUCAUUGACUCCUUCAGCACUAGUUUCGGCCUCAUCAUCAUCACCCUCUUCAUGUGCAUUGGCAUCUCCUUCUUCUACGGAGUCAACCAAUUUUGUCAGGACAUACUUGAUAUGAUCUGCCCCUGCCCUCCAUGGUGCAUCAAAGUGCUGCUUUACUUCAAAGCAUGCUGGGUAUUCUGCACUCCAUUUCUUCUGACGUUUAUCCUGACCUACAUCUUCAUUGAGAUGUACAGAACGUCGCUCCACUACGGGUCAUAUGUGUAUCCGCUGUGGGGUAAAGCACUGGGCGUGUGCAUGGCCACGACCUGCUGUCUGCAGAUCCCCAUCUGGGCCGUUGUGGCAAUCUGCAAUGAAACUGGAACGCUGAAAGAACGUUUCCAGAAAUCGAUUCGACCUCUGAAUUCCUGGAGGGUGAACAACUUGAAUAACACCGCAAGGGUAGCGGAGCGCAUGGAGCCCGAGAGAGUGGAGGCUCCGUUCACGGUCACACUCACAGACAUGGACUUUACUGCCAUGAACUGGGACAUGGCAGGGAGAGAAGAGAUGAACGCACAGUGAUGAACAAACUACGUUGUCAAGAGACGGAGGAAUUUAUUAUUAUUUGUUAUGUAUGUUAUUCAUGCCAGAUCGGCUCUGGUGGCCGUGUCUGAACAGACUGUGUCCUGCUGGGCAGUGUAGAUUAUCGCUUUAUUUAUACUAUUAUGUAUGUUGUUUGAAUUGUAUUUUUAACUUUUUUUUAUAUUGUGUAGAAGGUAACAGCUGUAAAGUUUGGAUCAUCUUAGAUUGCAAAAUAGGACUCUGCCAGGAUGUUUGGAUGUUGAUGAUCUAGAAGGGUGUCUGCUGAAUUUAUUUAUUAUCCUACUAGCGUAGUACAAUGAAUUUUCACUGGGACCAGACAUCAUACAGUAUAUCAUGUACAAGGAGGGGAGGUACCGAAAAGUGCAGUGACUGGACUGUUGCCUUCAACAACAACUGAUGGACCUGCAUAGGUGACUACAAAUCAUCGGCCUGCCAGAAUAAAUGAGUCAGGAAUACUUUUAAUCCAUUACUUUUUAAAAUAAAUGGUUGCUAGAAUUACUGCUAGAAUUAAUAAAUACAUUUUAAAAAAUAACCUGCCAAAUGAACUAUUAAGUACUGUCCAUGUGUCCACAUGCCUUGCCUGACGAUCUGAAUUUCAAAUUGUCAGUUCCUGCAGAAAAUGUAGCAAUCAGUUCACUUUAUUGCUCAGAAUACGUUGAUAUGAUCACAUUUACAACCACAUUCUGUACUAGUAUUGUAGACAGGCUUUUAAGUGGGACUAACUAACGAUCCUUUGUUAUCUUUAGACAAAUAAAUGAUAGGAAUCAGUGGGUAUCUACA